AUGGCUGGAGUGUUUCUUUCAACAAUUGAAAGUUUUAAUUUGAAAAUUUGUAACUUAAGAGGACAAUCUUACGAUAAUGCCAGCAAUAUGUCUGGUAUUUAUUCUGGUCUGCAAGCCAAGAUUAAAGCGGUUAGUCCACUUGCGCAAUUUGUACCCUGUUCAGCUCACUCUCUUAACUUAGUAGGCGCAAAUGCUGCUAGUUCUUGUAAAAAUGCAGUGAUGUUUUUUGACUUGCUCCAAAAACUCUAUACAUUUUUUUCAGCAUCAACAUAUCGUUGGGAUAUUUUAAAGUCAUCUGUUAAAAGUUUAUCAGACACUAGACGGUCUGCUAGAGAUGACGCAUUUGCUGAAAUAUAUCAAUCAUUGAUUUGUUAUGUGAAUGAUUUACGAACAGAUAGUGAAUAUGAAUACUACAAAAAGUUAGCGAUUGAAAAGUGUGGAAUUGAAGACUUUGUUAGUACAAAGAAACGAACAAAAAAUAGAAAAACAUUUAUUGAUGAUGGUCCAACUAUAGAUGAUAGCAAUGCAAUUGAUUUUAAAGUCACCACUUAUCUGGCUAUCUUGGAUAGAAUUCAGGCUGAGCUCAUAAAAAGAAAAAAAUGCAUAUGA